AUGUCACCCGUUCGAAGAAACAACAAGAAUAAAGGCGGAGGUAUAAUUAACACUCUUAUAAAUAAAUUACCAUUUGAACUUCAUUUACCAGGUUAUCAGUACUGCGGUGCGGGGACUAAAUUGAGAAAAUGGUUGGAUCGUGGUGAUAAAGGUAUCAAUCCUUUAGAUUCGGCGUGUAAAGAACACGAUAUCGCUUAUGAUCACAGCAAAUCUUUGACAGAUCGUCAAAAAGUAGAUUAUACAUUAGAAAAUAGGGCUUGGAAUAGAUUCAAGUCAAAAGACUCAAAUUUAAAAGAAAAGGCUGCAGCGGUGUUAGUCACAACGGGCAUGAAGGCAAAACCUAAAAAAAUAUUCCGUAAAAACGGCAAGAAAUCUCGAGUACCUCGUGUCAUACCUACACCAAAAACUGGUGGUAUGUUACCGUUGAUACCAAUUUUUGCUGGCUUAUCUGCUUUCGGAGCGCUAACAGGUGGCAUUGCUAACGUUGUAAAACCUGUGAUAUGUAGUAAGCAUUUUGUUGGAAACAAGCGGUCAAAUGAUCCUAGAAGUCCUUCUUAUGUACCUUCAUUAUUCCCUAAAGUGUACAAGAAGAAGCUAAUUGAUUCAAACCAAGCAGAUGAAAGGUACAAACGGAUUUUAAACAGAAAGAUUCAAACUACAACUAUUACAGAAAAAAUAGAAACAGAUACUGAAAAUGGUUUUUUGGUAGAGAAUAGCUGUACUUCACAGUUUGCAAGUGUUGGCAUUCAAGUGGGUUUUGAUAACUGUGGUAAUAACAAUUUUAAUUUUUCUUGUAUUCAUGAAGGUAAUAGUGUUUCCACACAAGCUUGUAUUCCAUUUUCCUUUUCAAACUAUUUGAAUUGUGGUAGUAAGCCAACAUCUUCUGACAAAGCUUGUGGUGUAGACCACAGAGAAAGUUUAUCUUGCUUAUCUUGUGAAGCAUUUCACGGUUUUGAAUCCAUUAAAAAUGAAAAAUCUCUUAAAGACAUUACUGGCACUUCUUUUUCAGUUUUUAAUAUACUGCUCAAGUUAAUGCCUAAUGUCAAUCGUUUGGUGGUCUCUAAGGAAAAUGCUUUAUUAAUAUUUUUGAUGAAAUUGAAAUUAGGUUUAACUUAUUCCUCUUUGGCUGUAUUUUUUGGAGUACACCGAACAACAAUAUCUAGAAUAUUUACAGAUAUCCUUCUUACAUUAAACGUAAAAACAAAAAAUUUAAUAUUCUGGCCUAAUAAGAGAACUAUUUCAGCUUUGCUUCCUGAAGCAUUUAAGAAGAACUAUCCAAACUGUAGAUGCAUAAUCGAUUGCACAGAGUUAAAAGUAGAACAACCUAAUACUGUAGAACAGAAAGUUUACAUGUAUUCAAGGUACAAAGGGUCUUAUACUGUUAAAUUUUUAGUAGCCAUAACACCUAAUGGUAUGAUUAGUUUUGUGUCAAAAUGUUAUGGUGGUCGGUCUAGUGACUCAUUUAUAACCAAUGAUAGUGGGUUUUUAGCUCUUUUAGAAUCUGGUGAUGAAGUUCUUUCCGACAAAGGAUUCCCAGGAAUAAAAACAGAUGAAAAUGUUGUCAUUGUAAUGCCUCCAUUUUUACACAAUGGUAGAUUUUCAGAAGAUGAAAUUCUAGAAACCUAUAAUGUAGCAAGUGUAAGAAUACAUGUAGAACGGUUGUUUGCUAGGUUGAAGACGUUUGGCAUACUUAAUAAAUUAACUAUCGAUUACUUACCAUAUAUUGAUAACAUAGUUCAUAUGUGCUGUGUUUUGACAAACAUGCAAGCACCUAUUAUUAAGCAAUAA